GAGAAGACAUUGGACCAUAGUGAAGUGUCAGUGGCUCUGUCUUCAGUACAAGAAGAUGUGGACAGCCCCAGGAUUGUGAGAAGGGUGGAAUCAGAUCGCAAACCUCCCCCAGCUGUUUCUGAAGAAGACCUCUCUGUAGCUUCUCUACUUGACAUUCCUUCAUGGGCAGAGCCUGCCGGACAUAUCCACUCGGAGAGUAUGCAUGGUGACCUUUUGGAGGAAAUCGAGAUCUCCCAUGAACUCAACCCUAACCUGUGGACUUCAGAUGAUGUAAUUUCACAUGAACGUACACGCUAUGUCAACUUGGAAGAGCAAGUAAGUACGCUCCCCAUCAAAAAAGAAGCUGCAAUGAAGAGCAAAGCAAGUCGAGUUUAUGAUGUCAAGUACAAAGGGAAAGACCAUCAAAUUCCCUGCAAUAUUGAAGUUCAUGUCUCCAAGUCUUUUCAUGGUCGUGGUCAGUGCCAAGUCAAAGAGAUAUGCUGCCAAAACAUCUCUGGGACAUUUGCUGCUAAAGAGGAUAAGGGGUCACCUGAAACUUUGAAGUUGCCAUCAUCUGGAUCAAUGAGUGACAUUAGUCUGAUCUUAUCUGAGUCAGACCAAGCUGAGACUGACUUUGAAGAGAUUAAUGAAUACUAUAUUUCCCAUACUGGCCCUCUAAAUUAUUCCAAAGAGAAGUUGAGAGGAACCUCUGGUCCUACCAUGUUUGCUUCAGCAAAGAGUCACCAAGCAACUCUCGCGAUAACUGAAGAAACCACAGAUAUAGACAGAAAAAGUCAAGUCUUACAGUGUGUUGAUGAACACACAGCCCAAGUCUUCACAGAUCAGCCCAAGAAUCCACAGGAUCCUAAUGUGAACAUGCGCUAUGAUCCAUUUACAUCAAGCAAUGAAAACACAAAAACCCAAGUUAAUAAUACUGGCUUCCAGGAUAACAUGUUCUUCAUUGAUGAUGAUGAUGAUGAUGAUGAUCUCCAGACAGUGGAAUCCACUCUUGCUACAGCCAAGUACCAACAAAUGGAUAAAAACACUCAUAUGGCCUGUGACUCAACCGAGAGCUCUGGUAUUUGUUGUUCAAUCAGUCCAGACAGUGAGAAAUACAGAACAAAGACUGUCUCUUCCAGCCUCUAUCUGCCAAUCUAUGCCCGACAAACAUCUGAUAAUGAAUCAUUGUCAUCCACGUCCAUAGAUUAUGAGACUUGUGUUGAUGAAAAAAGUUUCUCACCAACAGAAUUUUGGACAUUAAGUGACACUUUGCCUAGACUUUCAUCACCUGAUUCGGUCAUGUCAAUCAGUGAUUACAGGGCAAUGUCUCCUGACUCUCCCCUCAGCAAAAGGAAGGGUUUUAGGGCAGACCUUCCCAUCAUGAAUGUUAGUUGGGCACUCUUUUCAAGCUCAGCUAAAUGUACUUCACCUGAAAUUACUGAAAAUAACGCAGACCCCAAUCCUUCAGAUGUGUGUGAUAGUAGACUGCAAUUUGGUGUAAUCGAAAAACCUGCACAGAACCUUGACUCUGGAGUUGCAAAGGACACUCCACUUUUACCUGACAGUCUACUUAUUCAGCGAGAAAUUCCAAGUUUGACUUCAAAAACGUUGCCUUUUGAGCAUUUGCAUGAAGUAACUUGUUUAAACAAAAAGGCUUUGCCAGAUUUAGGCACAAAUACUCAUGAAUAUGAGUCGUCAGAAUUGGAUUACCGUCCCUAUUCACCACAAUCUCAGACAUCUCAUUGCAGUUUCUCAUUCCUUGAGCUCUUGCUCUCUGAACCAACACGUUCCCAACUGAUGAGUCAGUAUUGUGAUUAUUUUUUACAGUAUUCAGGGGCUACUCCAACCUUACCCCAAAUGACACAAAAUCAGACAAAACUGGUCAAGGUGAGCACUUUGGAAAUAAAAUUGCCCUCUGAUCAAAUUUUUCCGCAAGGUGACAAUUACAAAACGUCAAAUGCUUAUCCGUUAUCACAUAUGUCACAGUCAACACACAAAACUGAUCUCCAGUGUAACACAAAUGAGCCUUCAUCACAUGAUGAGAACAACCUCAAUUUAGAAGAGCCCGAAUCACUACAAUGGGAUGUAACAGUUGAUACAGGAUGGAUAGACAAUGUAAAUGAAAAAGAAAUGUCAGUUCAAAGCAGUACUCAAGUCCUAAAGGAAAAGAAAGAAAGUAAGGAAUCAUUUCUUGAUUAUUGGUUUUCGAAGUUGGCACCUCAACAUUCUGUCUUACGACCAUCAACAAAUGACUCUGAUCAUUGUAUAACACAUUUAAGAAUAAACACAGCAGAAAACAAUCAAAUUAAAGAUUAUAUAGACUGUAGUCGGAUGAAAGAAUCAACAGAAGAAAAUAUUGAUCCAGAACACAAAUUUUACAGACCAUCUGUAGAGACCACGCACAGUUUACCAGACAAACAAGGAAAUAAACCUGUUAUCUUCAACUUUGUAGAAAGACCAAAGUACACAUUAGAGUUUCCAAAGGAUAAAACAAUAGAAGUAUGCAAAGACAAGGCUUCCUACGGAGAUGAUUUGGUCCAAAACAACAGGCAAGAAAAUAUGUCAUUCUCGACAAAAGUUGGAGUAUCAAUGACAAAGUGUUCGCAACAUUCUGAAAUGAUUGAACAGGAAAAACAAAAAUCCUUUCACUUUUUCUUAAACAGCCCUGAACAUACACUACAACCAAGAAACAUACAGUCAGAUAUUUGUUUCAAACAGAGUUUUGAAAACAGCGGACCAAAAAUACAUGAUUCCUGUUCAGAAAAAGUCACUGGACAAAGCCAUGUUACUGUGAACAAACCUUUUACAUAUGAAGAAGUUGUGUAUGGCAUUACAAAUAAAAAUAAAGCAGAUGCCAUGUCUAAAGCAAAGAUUUUUGAGUCAAGGCCUAUUUUAGUACUGUCUGACUCUAUGGAUGAGUUGCCUGACUCCGCCACAGCUGAAAUGGCGAUGGAGGUGAGACCAUGUUCACCAGAGUCAAUAGCGUCUCACUGUGAAUUCCGGGCUCUUUCUCCUGACUCACCUGUUCCUCAUUUUGACAUAGCCCAAAUUGAGAAUUAUGACCAAUGCUUCAAGCAACGGUCGUACACACCGCAAUCUAGUGUUUCAGAUUGGGAAGGUCAUGAUUGGGGUCUCACUAACCUUUUUGAUGAGACCAGACCACUAUCGCCACAAUCUGUUUCGUCAGACAUGGAGCUCGAUCUCUUAUUUAGCAGCAGGGCGUUGUCUCCAGAUUCUGUUUCUUCAGCUCGAGACACGUCACUGCUGCAGGAUUGGCUGUUGGACUUUAGAGCAUCCUCCCCAGAUUCUGCAGCAUCACUUGAGAAAUGUUCCUUAAGUGCGGACACGAUGUCUGGUCAAAACAACAGACAACAUUGUAAUUAUUACUUCAGGUAUUCUGAAGAUAGGCCAGUUUCUCGUCAGUCAACAUUGUCUGAGGUUGAUUAUUCAGAACUUAGUAUCAAGGAUCUCCUGAAUGAGAGCAGGCCAGAAUCACCAGAUUCGGUAUCGUCAGAGCAUUUCAGAACAGAAACUGAGGUCUCUGUAAUUGCAGUUCCAACUCCGUCAUGUGCACGACCUUUUACAUAUGCAGACGUCCGUGGCUUUUCUCAUGAAAGACCAGCCGAUGCCAUGCCUAAAGUCACAGCUUUAGAGUAUGGAUCUAUUUUAGUACUGUCUGAUUCCUUUGAUGAGUUGCCUGACUCCGCCACAGCUGAAAUGGCCUUGGAAGUCAGACCAUGUUCACCAGAGUCUAUCGCGUCUCACUGUGAAAUCAGGGCUCUUUCUCCUGACUCACCUGUUCCUCAUUUUGACAUAGCCCAAAUUGAGAAUUAUGACCAAUGCUUCAAGCAACGGUCGUACACACCGCAAUCGAGUGUUUCAGAUUGGGAAGGUCAUGAUUGGGGUCUCACUAACCUUUUUGAUGAGACCAGACCACUAUCGCCACAAUCUGUUUCAUCAGACAUGGAGCUCGAUCUCUUAUUUAGCAGCAGGGCGUUGUCUCCAGAUUCUGUUUCUUCAGAUUUAGACACAUCACUGCUGCGGGAUUGGCUGUUGGACUUUAGAGCAUCUUCCCCAGAUUCUGCAGCAGUCAGUAUCAAGGAUCUCUUUAAUUACAGCAGGCCAGAAUCGCCAGAUUCG